UUCAUCUGAGAUACUUUUAUUACGAAAACAGCUUUCAGAAAGUAUGGAAUCAAAUACUUCUUUACGUCAUGAAAAGGAUAAAUUCCAGAGGAAAGCAACUCUUAGUGGAGAAGAAAUAUCAAUAAUGAAAUUACAGAUUGAAGAACAGCAAAAGAAAGUUACUAUAUUAGAAACUGAAUUAAAGAAAUGUGAGGAAAUGAAAGCUGAAUUAGAAUUGCAACUGCAACAAAGAGCAGCUGCUGAUGAUGUAACAGUACUGAGGCAAGAAUUAGUUUCUGUUCAAAAACUAAUGGAUAAAACUAUUUUAGAAAAAGAAGCUGAAAAAGACUCUCUUCAGAAGGACUAUUAUAUUUUGCAAGAAAAAGUCACUUCACUAGAAGAGCAGAAAUCUAUACUAGAAGAAGCCCUAAAGAAAGUUCCACAAAAAGAAGAAAUGGAAAGAUUGAGAAGAGAGCUUUUAGAAAAUACUGCUAAAAUUAUAGAAUUGCAAAAAACCAUCACUGAAAAAGAAAAUGCAAAUAAAGCCUUAAUAGAAAAAUAUAAAAAAAUAGAGAAAGCAUUGGGAGAGAAACAGAAAGAAUGCUCUCAGUUAGAGACAGCUAUUAAUGAAGAAAGCAAAAAAUCCAAUAAUAUUAAUAAUACUAAGAACCAAGAAAUAAAAGAUUUACAAACAGAUAUAAAAAAAAUGAAUCAGAAUUUAAUGGAAAAAGAAAACAAUUUAGCUCGGCUCAAUCAAAAGUUGUUGCAGUUGCAAGAAGAAUGCCAAAAUCUGGCAAAGGAGAAAGAGAAUGCAAAAACUCAGUCCUUAGAAACAAAAAAAGAACUAGAAGAAUGUCAAAGGCAUUUAUCUCAGGGGAAUAACAGAUUAAAAGAGUUAGAAGCACAACUUAAUUUGUCAAAAGAUACAAUAGCUCGUCUUGAAUCUGAAAGAACAGAACUGUGUGUAAAAAUUGAAGCAGGAGAAGGUACAAAUACGGCUCUCCAGCAAUUACAACAAGAAAAUGAUUUAUUAAGGAAACAAUUAAAAGAACAAAGAGAAGCUGAAAAACAAAGUCUGGAGCAAGCAUCUGCCAAAUAUGAAGCAAUGUUCCAGCAAUAUCAAAAUAUAAAAACUCAAUUACAUAACAUAGAAGAAGAGUGCCAAAGCUACAAAUCUACAGUUAAUAAACUAAAUGCUCAACUACUUAAUUCCCAGUCUACUUUUUCUAAGUUACAAGAAGAGUAUCAAACUAAGGAGUCUACACUUCAAACUACAUUAAAAGAAAGUCAGGAUGAACAAACAAGGCUUAAUACAAUGUUACAAGAAGAAACGAAAAAGAAUUCAGAAUUAAGAGCAGAGAUGGAUCAGAAUGAGAAACAGUAUAAAAUGCAAGUUGAAAUUUUGAAUAAAGAAAAAUUGGAACUGACAGUCAUGAUAUCUGCUAGAGAUGUUCAAUUGAAAGAAAUUGAAAAAGAAAUUGCUAAGGUAAAUAGUUGCUGCAUAGAAAUUCAACAGUCUGCCAACAACUAUAAAGAGGAAUUGGAACAAAUUCACAAUAAUUUUGAGGACGUAGCAAAUAAACUGAAUAAAUCAGAAACAGAACGUCAAGAUUUGCUGUUGGAAGUGGAAAACUUAAAAGAAGAACUAACAACCACAAAAGUCAAUCUAGAUGCAAGUCAGUUGAAUGAACAACAGUUAUCAAAGACAGUAGACCAUAUUAAGGAAACAAAUAAAGAGCUAAGCCAAAAAAUUCAGAAUCUUGAAUCAGAAAUCUCUAAAGUGGAAAGCAGGGAAAUUGAGUUGAAAAAUCAGAAUGCUUAUUUAGAAUCUGAACUGACUGCAACUGUUGGACGACUCUCAGAACUUACCGAAACCAAUUCAGAGCUCGAGCACAGUCUGGAUACCAUCCGACAGAGUUAUCAGCAAGAAAAAGAAAAGAAAGAUAUGGAAAUAGAAGAAUUAAAUAAUGCAAAGCAAUUAUUAAUAAAUCAAAAACUUACUUUGCAAGAGGAAAUUGAUCACGCAAAGGAUGAAAUGAAUCAGAUUGAAGCAUCCCACCACAAAGAAGUUCAGCAACUUCAAGAAUAUUCAAAAGAACUCAAACUUAAAAUAGAUGAAUUAGAAAAGAAAUUGGAAGAAGAAAUUAGUUUAAAGCAGCAGUUAAAUACGGAAUGGCAGAUGUGUGAAUCCAAAUAUGAUGCCGAGAUUAGUGUAUUAAAUGAAAAUCUGACUACUUUAAGAGAGGAUCUUUGCUUAGAACAAAACAAACGAGAAAAUUUAGAAAGACAGACAGAUGAACUAAAAGUAGACAAUUUAGAACUAGAAGCCAAAUUAGGAAAUGCUUUAGACGAAAGAAGAGCUUUGCUCGAAAGGUGUUUGAAGAGCGAAGGCGAAUGCGAGAGAUUGCAAGAGACUACCAUUGAUCUCAGACACAAAUUAGACGAUACAAUGGCAGCCCUGCAAGAACUUGGUAGAGAGAAUCAAACUUUGCAGAUAGAAAAUACAAAACAUCAAAAUCGAAAAUGGACGGACGAUGCGGAAGUUACGCACUGCACGCUCUGUCUCAAGCAGUUCAGCGUGACCGUUCGAAAGCACCACUGUCGUAACUGCGGAAACAUCUUUUGCAACGAAUGCUCUUCCAAAACGGCCAUCAUAGCAGUAUCGAAAAAGCCUGUUAGAGUGUGUAAUAACUGUUACAGUGAAGUUGUAAAAUGAAGAGACAGUCUCUGCUCCAUUAUCCUAUGCAGUUAUUUCAUUUAAUUGAAUCUCUAUCCGUCGACUGUGGUUUAUCAUCAGUUUUACAACGUGCCUUGAUGGAAUGACAUUGCUUCUGUUGAUAUUAAAUAUCCAAUGUGGCAUAAAAUAAUUUGUUAUCAGAAUAUGUAAAGUUACAUAUAUUUCCAAUCAUUUAAUCCAUUAUGUGAUUAAAGAAUUUACUUCAGUCAUCAAUUAAUAUUUACAAAUUGAAUAUAUAUAUAUUAGAAACUGAUUUAACAAACCUUGUUGGGCUGCUAUAGAUAGUUCUCUAUAUGUGUGAUUAUAAAUGUAAAUUUAUUUAUAUGAAAUUGUAUUGAUUAUUUAAAAAUGAAUAAUUUUAUAUAAAAGUAUAAGCUAUAUUUUAAAAAUCUGAAUUCUUUAUCAGGCUCUGCCAUGGCUUUCAAAAAUAAAAAAUUUUUUUUUGUUAUGUUAAACAUAAUUAACUCUCAACUCUGCUUUCAUUUAUAGAAUUGUCUUUCUAUGUACAGUGCAUUAUUAUUUUCUUUCUUAAUGGUUUUGUGCUGCAAUUUGUUUGAAGUUCUUUUUGCUUUAGAAAAAUCAAAAGUAAUCUCAGCCAAUAAUGAAGAAUUUGUACUUUAUUAUUUUUGUAAAGAAUGCCAACUAUAAGUUGGCAUUCUUUACAAAAAUAUAACAAAGCCCAAUUUCAUAAUUGAUCGGGUUGUCUUUGGGCCAUAAUAAGAGCGAAUUUAUGCAGUGGCAGUUAGGCUGCCAUCUUGUAUUACAACUCUGCUUGCAAUGAAUUUCAUUCACUAAUAAAAAUGUAAAAUAAUUCAUAGUAUAAUUCAUUUACAAAAUUACUUUGUAUGAUUCCAUUUCAAAAAUAAAAAUUGUGCAAACACAUUUUCUCAAAAUAUGAGCUUCUGAUGUGUUGCUAUUAACAUAGGUAAUUUAUAAUCUGGAGUAUCUUUGCAACACGUUUCUUUGAAUUUUUUUCAUGUGUUAAGAUUCUGUAAUCACCAUGGAAUUGCAUCACCUUUUCACUAUAAGAGUUUCAAGGUAUUGAGGUAUGGAAGAUAAAACUUGUGCAACAAUUGUGUGGGAAUUUUUCCCAUUCUUUGCUUAAAUAUGUACAAAAUUGUUCUAAUUUGCAAAGAUGAUGUCAAGUCAGCUUUCUUUCAAGUCUCCAUACAUUUUCUAUUGGAGUCAGGUCCAGGCUUGAUGCUGGCCAUGUGAGCACACUUACAAGAUUAGACUGCAGCCAGCCAGGCUUUGGUUUUCCUAGCAUUGUGUGGACAGGCGUUGUCAUGCUGGAAAAUCAGGCUCGUCUUUGGAAAAGUUUGUUUUGAUUUGCAUAGAUGUUACCGAAGGAUUAUAAUAUAGACUUUACAGUUCACAGCACAAUUGCAGAAAUGCAAAUUCCCAACUUCCUCUGCAUUCAUGCAUCCCCAAACCAUUAGAGACAUUAUUCAGGAUGAAUCCAGAAGCCAGUGCUGGAUUAUUAGCUUCGUCUUUAGUAAGAAUGACAGUCUUCCUAUAUUCCCACAGUUUACAAGAAAUUUCAAUUCAUCCGACCACAGUAUUUUCUUCCCAUCAACUUUUGUCCACUUCAGAUGAGUUCUGGCCCAAGCCAAACAUUGUACUAGCACGAUUCAUUUGUGAGAGGAUUCCCUUGGAUUUGUACAGCUCAUGUUUGUAUUGUUGGAUAUAUCUCCACACUGCAUUCAGAUAAUGGGAUAUUAAAGUAUUCCCUUACCCUCUUUAUCAAGCCUUCUAUGGAAACUUUCCUGUUUUGGGAAAUAUAGCAUUGAAAGGAUUAAUUAAUAUAAACAGCCAAAGGCAAUUUGCUUUUAAAUGCAAGACGUACAAUGUAAGAAAAACAAAUUCCAGGAAAUUCUCCAAAAAACCUUUCUGAAUGAACUUCAUUGCAAUGUGUUGCCAAAUAUUGCAAGAUUUGCCUAGCAAUGUAUUCUGAACUAAUGAAAUCCAAGGCAGUAAGUUAUUGGAACAAACUUGUUUAUUUAUAAAAGGAUGUAUUUAUAGCACUUGCAUACAUAUUAAACCAAGAGUUUUUAAGUUUAUUAUAACAAAAGUUCAUUGCAAAUAUUGAUAUUACAACCCUGUUGAAAUCAUUUCUAGACCCAUUAAUAUAUUGAUUUUGGUUUUCUGUAUUUUUGUAAUUUUAUUUUAAAAUUUUAAAACCAACACUUUUGAGUUUGUGUUGUAAUCUCUCACUUUUCUCAUUUUUACAUAUAAUAAUU